UCAGUGUGUGAACUGUGCAUAAGCCUAAAAACUGAAUCCACCGCUCUACUCUGUCCUGUCAAAAGUAGUACCUAGCUUCUGAAGCAUGCAUCAUAUCUCUUGAUGGACUUUCGAGAAAGCGAAAAAAAAAAGGAGCAGGUUUUCGCUUCAAGAAACUACUGAUUCCUCGACACAAGACUUUCAUAUAUUCCACCCGUAUUCUCUCGCUAGCUUCAUCUUCAUUCCUCACUGAGAUUCACAUUGAGAGCUAGCAAGAGUGUUUGGAACAUCUUGUUUUCAAGCUUUGAGCAAACGUGGGUGGUUUGGAAGGCAUUUUCUUAGCAGAAGAGAUGAGAAGAACCAACCUAGCUAACAUGUCGAUGAAAGGAUGGGCUUUGCAGUGCCUUUUGUUGUUGGAAUGCUAUCUGGUUUUGACAGCAGACUCAGUAGUGCAAGAGAAGGCAGAUACAGCAAUUCCAGUGACAACAUUGUCACCUCCUGAAGGCAACACAACUUUCCUUGAUGGCACGACAUGGUGCGUGGCCCUUGCCGGGGUGUCCCAAGUUGAUUUGAAGAAUGCAUUAGACUGGGCCUGUGGACUGGGGAUGGCAGACUGCAGAGAAAUCCAAGAGGGUGGAGCAUGUUCUGAGCCGGACACUCUCUUGUCUCGUGCAUCUUAUGCUUUUAACAACUAUUACCAACAGAAUGGGAAUUCUGAUAUUGCUUGCAAUUUCGGAGGAACUGCCACUUUAACUAAAACCAACCCAAGUUAUGGAAAAUGCAUCUACGCAUCUGGGUCCUUAGUCUCUUCAGCACCUAUGCUGUCCAAGCAUAAUCUGAGCUCCAUGUGGUGGGAGCUUGUUGCGGCUGCUGUUGUACUUGGGAGACUGAUCCUUGGUUAGGUAAGGUUGUAAACCUCGCUCAAACAAAUCUAGAAUUGGUCUCUCAACCAAUUGUUCCUAGAUGUUAUUUAUGCAAUGGAAAGAGAAGCCUCUUGUAAUUGUUGUUUGCUAAUGCAUUCCUGUCUUUGCUGUCGGUUUAGGAAUCUAUAGCUAAGCAAUUCUCUCUCUUUUCCUUCUCAAAGUUGUUCACAUAAUUAAGGACAAAAACAUUUGUUCCCAUUAUGCUUUUGUUGAGUUUUGUCUAGCAAGACUGCCAAAAAAGUAAAAGUUUUGUCUAAUAGUUUAGUAUCUCCACCCUGUAAUUAGCCUCUUUGUUUCAGUUGUAGCUAAACCAGCACAUGAUGACUAGUCAUUUGCACUCCCAAGUCCCAUAGUUGCAAAUGGCUGUAGUUUUUCUAAUUUUCAAUAGAUGGAACUCGGAAGAUCCUGAAUAUUCAAAAUCUGGGAGACAGAUUUAACUCAGAUAA